CUCCAGCGCAUGUUUAAAAACAGUCCUUAGAGGUUUUGAAUCCACCUGCCCUUCAAUGGUUGACAGAGAGGCCAGAUUCCAAGCCCAGCACUCUUUUCUUGUCUCAGUGGAGUACUGCGAAGAGGAGGUGCUUAGUCAUGAGGUUAUGGGGAGUGAUGUCAGAAUUGCCUACAAGCCCUUCUCCCUGAUGAUGGAUGGGAUCCCCGUCAUCUCUCUCCCAAAGCCCCCCGACACCAUUCCCAUCUCCUCUGACCGUUCAAUCCUCUCCAACCUGCUUUCCCUCAUGGAGGGUGGAGUGGUUUUAAGCUCUAAGGAGGAAGGCAUCUAUGCUGAACGGCAUAGCCAAGCCAUAGUCUCCUGGAUGGGCGGCACGGGGGAUGAGAUGCACGUGAUGGAGCGUGAUGUGGAUCCUGUGAUGCUCUUCAACAGGGAGACCUUCAGACAGGAGUUGGAACGCUUCAGCAGAGCAGAUGGCUUCCAACCGCAAAUUGGGUUCAGCCUAUGGUUCGGACAAGACUCAUCACUCAGUGCACCAAUCUCUAUAUCGAUUAAAUUGCCAUGGGCUCAGCAGCUAUUCAAGCAAGCUCACGACUUCAGGAUCUGGCUUGAGUCCUCCCCUGUCUCUCCUGGAGUCUGAAAAUAUGGUUGGUCCCAACAGGACUCCAAUUGCUCCCAAUAUUAGCCUAUGCCACAGCCCUUUCCACCACACCUGUUCCCACACCCUAAUCACCUCUCCUCCACCUUUUUACCUCUUUUCAUUCCCUAUAUAAGCAGUAUGCUUCUUCCUGAGCUAUAGUAUUGGCACUAUAUUUCUUCCACCUCACACUAAGUAGAAGACAAUCAGCCAGUAAAUAAAUAAAUACCCUUCAAAAACAU